AUGAAAAAUCGGCCCAUUUUUCUAUUUUCAAGCAAUGCUGAAGUAGACAAAUGGAAUGAAAAGGUGCUGAGGGAGAUGCCCGGAACUGAGGCAGUAAGCGAGGCAUCAGAUCAUGUUGCUGGAGACGGAUCCGAAUCCGCCAAGCGUGUCAUAUUGUUAAGUGUUAACAACGACCGCGUAACCACACAGCAAACAAUGGGUUUGCCACGUGUAUUGCAGCUCAAAGUCGGAGCACGGUACAUGAUGACAUAUAACUUAGACACAAGUGACGGGCUCACAAACGGUGCUACGGGGCGACUAGUACACAUCGAUAUGUCACAACAACGCCCGGGCAUAAAUGCGCCGCGGAAACCGCUGCGCGUAUGGAUGGUAUUUGAUGAGCCAACGGUGGGUACCAAUCUUCGGAGAAGAUAUAGUGCCAUCAUUGCUGGACUGCAGCAUCCUCCUGACUGGACACCGUUGGAGCCCACAACUGUGACGAUAAAACGUAAUAAGUCGUCAAAUUUGCAAGUGCUUCGGAAGCAAUUCCCAAUGGUGCCAGCCGAGGCAAUAGCAAUCCACAAGAGCCAGGGCCAGACAUGUGCGUCUGUUGUUCACAAAGCACGAAGAAUGACACGAGCACUCCUUUAUGUUGUUCUGUCAUGUGUCACGUCAUUGGCAGGCCUUUUCAUCAUUGGCUUUUUUGUACCACCGAAAAAACCUCACCCCAACGAUCCACUGCAGCGCCAGGACCGGUGUUGCUGA